UGUCCACACUGAUUUGAAAUUGUGAAAGGCUAGAUCAAUUGUCCUUCGUCUAACCCAACUGAUUACAGCCAAUUUGGUAUUUAUUUGUGCGUGGGGAACUUUGCAUGACACCACAAUACCUUUUGAUUAAAUUUAGACCUUAGGUUAUACAAAAUUCACUAAAAACACAAUGUGUGCUAUUAUUCUGUAAUAUACCAAAAUUUUAUAUAGCUAUCAUUUAUCCAUCCAAAGUUUUUUUCAUUUUAUGACCAUUGUCAAUUCAUUUUUUAAAACCAUUCUGAAAUGAUAAUCUCGACAGGUCAGCUGAGCAGUUUUUUUUUUUUUUUUUUUUUUGACAGAUAAAGGCAUAUCAUUACUAAUGAUCAGAAGUUCAUUAUUUCAUAGUUUCAUAAUUUCUUACUCCAAUGGGACCACUCUGAUAUAUUUGACAAGGCAAAGCGAAUAACUCUCUUCUUAUCAAUCAAAGACAGUGACUUGCCUGGUUUUGUUGCCAUGUGCAUACUUUGCAGAAUCUGAUAUUUCCUUCUAACUAAUCCAAUAACCCUUUCGACAUGAAUACGCACAUUUGCUAUUUCUUUAGUUUGUUCCAACUCAUCUGCUGACUCAUCUGCAGAUUGAAGUGUUCAAUUUGUACCAUAAUGUUCUUUAAAGAGCAGACAAAGUAUGAUACAGUUUUCAGUGAUAAACCUAUUCUUGCAAUAACUGUUUUGUUAACCCUCUGUCGAUCCAACUGUCCAUGGGCUGGGAUACAAAAAUGCGAAAGUACAAUCUGUAGUUUUCAGGGAAAUCCUGAAAGCUGUCGAAAAAAAAGGAAUUUCUCGAUCCAGGAAACACGGAGAGAGAGUAAACAUUGUUCAUUUACAUAUACUACUGACACUGUAACAAUUCAAAGUGGGUUGAAAAUCAGUGAACUUACACUUUAUGUCUUGUGUUUUAUGACAGAUUUAUAUACAGUCAUUAUCUAUUGCCAUUUUUUUUUUCUUCACUUUAUGAAUAGCAAAUCUAAUGUGGUCAAUUCCCAUGUGUUCUGCUGGUAUAGUGAUCCAUAUGGUGGCAGUAGCUGUUAUAUAAACUGCUUACAGCAAAUUCAGAAGUUGACUCAGAUCAACGGCAACAACCAGUUCUCUUCACUUUCGCCUUCACUAUUCAGAGAAUAAUUCUCUCUUGAAUCUACUUUAAAAAUAUUAAUGGACUAGACUGAACUUAGGACAUCAAAAACUAUUUAAUGCUUUAUUCUUCAUAUAAUGGACAACAGCUGAAUCCAAAUUAUUUUAUUUUUUUUAAGUGGCUAUUUCAUUGUUUUGACAAGCAAAUGGAAAAUGGAACCAUGCCUUCAUAUUUUUAUUUCACUUUGUUCAAGGAGUUUGUUCACAUGAAAUAUCUCAUCCUAAUAUUGACACUUACAGUUUAUUUAGCAAUUAUAUUAUUUAAUGCCAUCAUUUUGUUUGUGGUGUUUAAAGAGAGAUCUCUACAUGAGCCAAUGUACAUACUGAUAUCUUGUUUGUCUGUCAAUGAUCUCUAUGGCUCAGCUGGUUUCUUCCCUAGGAUAAUGGUUGAUCUCCUUUCCGAUACAAAUACCAUUUCUAGGCCAGCGUGUUUUGUUCAGAUUUUUACCAUUUAUUCUUAUGCAAUAUCUGAAUAUACAAUAUUAACUCUGAUGGCAUAUGACAGAUAUGUUGCCAUAUGCAAUCCUUUAAAAUAUCAUAAAAUGAUGACAUCAAAAGUAACAGCAUUGUACAUGGCAAUAGCAUCACUUUAUGCAGCGUUUUCUAUGGCUCUCAUUAUUUUCUUCUCAGCCAGGUUGCCUUUGUGUGGGACUGAAAUCGCUCGACUGUACUGCUCCAACUGGUCGGUGGUUCGACUCUCUUGUGGGACUUCAACUUUGAGUAACAACAUAAUUGGAUUUUUUGUCUCAACAACAACAGUUUUUCUCCCUGCCUUCUUUAUUUUAUAUACUUAUGUCCGAAUUUUGGUCAUUUGUCAAAAAAGCUCCAAAGAAUUUAGGGGCAAAGCAUUACAAACAUGUCUUCCUCACAUUAUAAGUUUUGUGAACUACUCUAUAGCAUCAUUUUGUGACAUUGCUCUAAGUCGCUAUGAUUCAGACAAAUACAAGAUUGUGGCUAUAAUUUUUUCAGUGGAAUUUUUGGUUAUUCCUCCUGUUCUCAAUCCUCUUAUUUAUGGCUUAAAUUUGCCAGAAAUUCGCAAAAACAUUUUAUGUUUGUUUCAAAGGUCAAAAAUUGCCCAUUUUCCAGGAUAA